UGUCAAAUUUACAAAUUGACAAUCAGUCGGUCCCACGUGUUUUUACUCACAGAAAUCUGAUUUUUGCGCUAUAAAUCGCUAAAUAAUUUAACUAAAUCAUGUCUAACGAUCUUGAAGAACAAAUGGAUGCGAGUUCUAGUGAAAGCGAAGAUGAUCAAAUGGAUGAAGGCGAGGAAGACAAUGACGGACCGAAAACUUACUUGCCUGGACAACCACUAAAAGAAGACGAGCAAUUGGUAUGCGACCAAUCGGCCUAUGUGAUGCUGCAUCAAGCUCAGACCGGGGCUCCAUGCCUCAGUUUUGACAUAGUAACUGAUAAUUUAGGAAGUGACAGAGACCAGUUUCCUAUGACCGCUUAUAUGGUCGCUGGAACACAGGCUUCCAGUGCUCACUUGAACAGCUUACUAGUUAUCAAAAUGACAAAUUUACAUCCCACAUCUAAAGCAGAAGAAGAUGAAGAGUCUGACAGUGAUGAGGACGAAGAUGAAGAAGAGGAUGAGGAGAAAAAGCCACAAAUGACAUUUGCCUUCAUCAAACACCAGGGAUGUGUCAACAGAAUAAGGGCAACAAAUUUCAAAAAUUCAACUUUAGCAGCUAGCUGGUCUGAACUUGGGCGUGUGGACAUUUGGAAUAUAACACAGCAGUUGCAAGCAGUUGAUGAACCAACACUCUUGGAGCGUUACAAUCUAGAUACAGUCACAAACCCUGUGAAACCACUGUUUUCAUUUAGUGGUCAUCAACAAGAAGGUUUUGGUAUAGAUUGGUGCCCUACAGAACCUGGUGUGUUAGCUACUGGUGAUUGCCGAAGAGACAUACACAUAUGGAAACCAAAUCAAGCUGGUUCUUGGGAUGUGGAUCAGCGCCCACUUGUUGGCCACACAGGCUCCAUAGAAGAUAUACAAUGGUCACCUAAUGAACGAAAUGUCUUAUCAUCAUGUUCCGUCGAUAAAACUAUAAGGAUAUGGGACACAAGAGCAGCUCCUCACAAGGCUUGCAUGCUGACUUGUAUGAAUGCUCAUCAAAGCGAUGUUAAUGUUAUAUCUUGGAAUUCUAAAGAACCAUUCAUUGCAAGUGGUGGUGAUGAUGGUUUCCUACACAUUUGGGAUUUAAGACAGUUCAAAGACAGUACUCCUGUGGGAACAUUCAAACACCAUACAGCCCCUGUCACAUCAGUGGAAUGGCACUGGACAGAGCCUAGUGUUCUUGCUUCUUCCGGUGAAGAUAACCAAGUGGCAUUAUGGGACUUGGCAGUUGAGAGAGAUGAUGAUGAAGUUAUUGAUGAAGAACUAAAGAACCUCCCACCACAACUGCUUUUCAUCCAUCAAGGACAAACUGACAUAAAAGAAUUGCAUUGGCAUAAGCAAAUUCCAGGGGUAAUAGUAACAACUGCACAUACAGGAUUCAAUAUAUUUAAAUCUAUCAGUGUAUAGU